UUAAGUGCUUCUGUGCCUAGACCACGGCAGCAUGUCGACAGGUGAGUGAUCUAUCUCCUUGCAUGCAAUCCAACUGCAUCUGUCCCCUCAGUGUCCCCUGCAUCCAUUCCCUCUGCAUCUCCCUGUCUCCCUUGUAUCCUUUUCCUUGGUUGCCCCCUGCAUCAAUCCUCCUUGGAAUUAAUCCCCUCCUUUCCCCCUGCAUCCAUCCCCUCUGCAUGCCCCUGUCCCCCUUUUAACCAACCCCUUUGGUCCCCCCCUGCAUCCAUCCCCUUGUUCCCCCCUGCAUUCCCCUUCCCUUCCUGCCUCUGUCCCCUCUGUCCCCCCUGCAUCCAUCCUCUUUACACGCAGCCCCCAGUCCUCUUUGCAUUCCUCCCUUCCACGUGCCCCUGUGUCCUUGCCUCCCUCUCUUCUGGCCAUCCCCCAUGUUCCUCCAGCCCCCCCACAUGCCCCACAUCCCAUUGGUCCCUGCCAGACACUUGGCUCCAUCCCCAGUCCUGGGGAGUGCUGGGUGCCAAGGAGUUGAAAUUUCAUCCAGCUGUAAUCAGGAGAUGGGAAAGUGGCCCCAGAGCAGCUCAACUUUAUUUUUAGCUCUGCUUCCCCCUUCAGCAUCCCACCCUGGCAUCACCCCACACCACAGCUGGUGCUCAGACCCCACAGGUGGUGAGGACCCUGUGCCAGGGUGCUGGGGACGGGGCAGUCAGUGCCACUUGCACAUCGGCCACCAAGUCCAGGGACCGAUGCUGGGGUCCAGGGACUGCUGAGGUUGUGCCAGGUGCUCGAGGUGGCCGUGCAAGCCGAGCCUGCCACGGCCCCAGUUAGCCCAGCAGGGUGAGAAGCCAGCCACAGGGAUGGAUGAGGCCAGUCCCUGCCUGCAGUGGAGCCGUGGACAACAACCACCUCUGGGACACCAUGUGGCACUGGAAUUCCAGCCCCAUGGCCAAGGUGCCAUGGGGUCUUUGUGCUCAGAUGUGGCCAGACGUCCCAACCUGCCCAGAAAAGCUCAAGCAGCACAAAAUCAUCUUUGUGGUGGGUGGCCCCGGCUCGGGGAAGGGGACACAGUGUGAGAAGAUCGUGCAGAAGUAUGGCUACACCCACCUGUCCACGGGGGACCUGCUGCGGGCAGAGGUCAGCUCCGGCUCGGAGCGGGGCAAGAAGCUGCAGGCCAUCAUGGAGAAGGGAGAGCUGGUGCCCCUGGACACGGUGCUGGACAUGCUGCGGGACGCCAUGGUGGCCAAAGCAGACGUGUCCAAGGGCUUCCUGAUCGACGGAUACCCCCGCGAGGUGAAGCAGGGAGAGGAGUUUGAAAAGAAGAUCGCGCCCCCCACGCUGCUGCUCUACGUGGAUGCGGGGAAGGACACAAUGGUGAAACGCCUGCUGAAGCGAGGCGAGACCAGCGGGAGGGUGGAUGACAAUGAGGAGACCAUCAAGAAGCGUUUGGAGACCUACUACAAGGCCACCGAGCCUGUCAUUGCCUUCUACAAGAGCAGAGGCAUCGUCCGCCAGCUCAACGCCGAGGGCUCCGUGGAGGAGGUUUUCCAGCAGGUCUGCACCCACCUCGACUGCCUGUAACCAAACCCCCGGCCCCAAUUCCCCCCAGUGCACUCCAGCAGAGACAGCGGAAGCGGCUUUAUCCUGUUUUCGUGGACGGAGCCGUGCGGAGGAAAUUUCAAGGACAUUGUGUUUGGCUCUUUCCCGUCUCUCCCCAGUAAAGUUCACUUUAAUGAA